AUGUGGGUGCCGUUGCCAGGAUGGGAGACUCUGGGAGGCGGAGGCGACGGACUCGAGGCCGCGCCACGUGCCAGCUCAAUUCUCCAGAAACCCCCGCAGAGACGCGUGUGGAGCGAUGGCCACUUUGCCUUCCGGUCCGUCCUGGCAACGAAGCAUGCGCCGAGCGAGACGCUGUGUCCGGAAAAGGGUUCGGCGAAGGGUUCGGCGAAGAGGCAGAGCGAGACGCUGACGAAUCGGAGGGACACCGGACUGGAAGCAGCGGCAAGGCGGGGGCGAGUGACAGCAGUCCGGGAAGACCGUCGAAUCCCACGCGACGGCUCCCUCAGCGCGACUCCGCCGGAACCUGGCCCGGAGCACAGCACGGCGACGGCAGAAGCGGAGAGGGGAGAAGGCGAAUGCACCGGCAAAGCGGAAGGCAAGGAGGAUCGCGUCUCGGCGGCUUCACUACAGGGUGAACAAAGGUCGCUGCCGAGGCUUGGCUUAUCCUCUUGCGUUGUGAAGACGUACCACAAGUUGGACGAGGAGAUCUUCGUUCCCUUCUCCAGCUGGCCGAUGAAGCGGCGCCAAGUCAUCCAGAGGGUCGUGGAGUUUCACAGGCGCAUUCGCCAUCCUCACGUCGCCCAGCUGCUUGCGGUGGGCCUUAUGCGCUCGCCUGAUCGCUCGCCUUCGUCGACCGUCGAAGCGACCCCUCUGUCCCCUGCUGAGCGGUCGGAAGAGCGGCGUCCACGGACGGUGUCCUCUCCGGAUUCGCAUUCGUCCUCGUCGUCUCUCUGCGAUUGGCCGUUCGCCUCCGUCUCUUUGGUUCUCCAAGACGGCGGCGUCCCGCUGGCCCAGAAACUUCGCGAUCUCCCCUCGAGACCCGCCAAAGCGCAAACGGACUCCCACGGCUCUCAGGGCCUUUCGAGUGCAAUCGGAGGGAACGGAGAAGGCAGCGAAACGCGGACGCUGCCCAGCACUUCGCCGUUUCCCCCGCCCCCUGCUAGUGGCGACGCCUCCAUGGUGUACUGCGUUCCCGUCCGUGACGUUCGAACGGCGGAAAAUACUCGCGGAGCUCACGCGAUGGUCGCAGCGAAACGGAGAUUGCUUGUUUCUGUGGGUGAAGCCUCAGGCGCGUCGUCUGUCGCCGGAGAGUGCAAGGCGCCUCGGGAGGGCUCCACGUACGUUUUAUUGGAGGCGACCGCUCGAGAGGUUCUUCGGCAGCUGGUCUCUGCUGUACGGGCCUUGCAUGCGGAACGCAUCUUUCACUUGGACAUCAAACCUGGAAACGUGGUUGUCGCUGAACCCUUCGCUCCCGCGCUCGUCCGCCGAGUGUCUCUUCACCCGACGGUUGCCUGGGGGUCGAAGCCUCUGGAGUCGGCGCAGCGGCCGGAGGGCCAUCGGCAGCGAGAUUCAAACACGCGACAGGGGAGCGAUUUGAGGGUGGUCGCUCGCGACGAAACACUGGCGAACCUGGCCGAGAAACCUUCAGUCGGCGGCGGACGGACGGGUCGGAAUCACCAGGCGAGCCGAGACAGCGACGCGGGGAAAAACACGGAUGCGGACGACGGCAGCGAUACAGAAGACGCAAGCGGAAGCAGCGACGCCACGGAGAGGCGCCGAGAGCCGGCACUUUACAGACAGGAACGGCGUGUGAAGGAGACGGGAGCACCCCGCAUCCGUUGCCUUCUUGUUGAUUUCGACAGCGCCCAGAGUGGCGUGAAAGGAACGGCAUGCGUCCAUCCGGGAGGCACCUCUCGCGUGUUUAUUCCCCCUGAGGAAUUUUGCCCGUUGCCGAGCGCGCCAGACUCUGAAGCUUGCGGGGGACCCAGCGCGGCUUCUGAGCAGGAAACGACGGGGCAGACUACCCGCCCGUUCCUGAACGCCUGUCUUCUUGGUCUCGGUUCCCUGGACAGCUCCGAGGCGUUCUUGGAUGGAGAGAAAAAAGACGUCUGGGCUCUUGGCUGUCUCCUCGCCAUUCUCUUGACAGGUCGGCACCCCUUCCUGCGGCCGGCCGGUUGGAGCGACGGCUGGUGCGCUCCCUCCGGCGCUGGACUCACUUUGCCCGCGACGCAAAACAAAUCUGGAAACGCCCAAGUCGGGCGUGAGCUCACGCCGACAGGGGGAGAGAGGCCGCGGACAAAUGAAUGCCGAGACGAAACCCCCAGAGAGUCUGAUGAAGGUGCUCGACUGCGGAGGGAAGGGAGGCCAGACGAAGGCGUCUCCAGUCGUCAGCCUCCACCCACGGCCGACGAAGAUGCCGGAACGGUCUUCUCUAGCGACAUGGAAUAUUGCCUUGCUCUGAUCGGCGGAGCUGCGCCACGGAUGGGUUUCCGGGGUCUCCCGAAGCUGUCGCGGGAAGCGAAAGACAUACUCAGGGGAAUGCUCGCGGCGAGUCCGGACCGACGUCUCUCCUUAGAGGGUGUGAUGGCCCAUCCGUGGUUCAGGGGACCAACUGAGCAGCAGGCGCGUUUCGGCUCUCAGGCGCACUAG